AUGGAUGCCACAACGAGCAGAACCCCAACCAUUCAGUACCAUAACAUUGUUGACGAACCGAUUGCUGCUCUUGUCACCUCCGCUGUACCUACAUUUCAACGACAACAACGACAUUGCUUUGGGGAUGCAAGUCCUGGGGAAUUUCCAUUGUCUGCCAACCCCUCUAUCGUUCUUCAUGUCCUUACUGCUUGUAAUUUGGAUCCUCGAGAUCUCGCGAAACUAGAGGCAAGUACCGUGUUUCUUUCCAUUUCAAUAAUGAAGCUCUUUAUUGACGAUAGAAUUGAUAAUGCUGCUCCUGCAAACUUUGCCCCUGAUUAUGAGCUGUCUUUAUCAGAGCUCGCGGCUCUGGAUAUGUGCCAAAAAAGGGCAAUAUUUAAGCCCAUGACGGAAGGAGAACGCCAAGAUUUGAAACAAAGAUGUGGGCGCUCCUGGAAACUGGUCCUGAGGUUUUUGCUGGCUGGAGAAGCAUGUUCUAGGAGGGAGAAGUCACAAGCAAUAGCAGGGCCAGGUCACAGCAUUGCUGUGACCUCAAAGGGUGCUGUUUACUCAUUUGGGUCUAACAGCUCAGGACAGCUGGGACAUGGCACAACAGAAGAGAAUUGGCGGCCUUGCCAAAUCAGAUCUCUGCAUGGCAUUCGUAUUAUCCAAGCAGCUGCUGGGGCUGGCCGGACAAUGCUGAUUAGUGAUGCUGGACAGGUCUAUGCCUUUGGAAAGGACUCAUUUGGGGAAGCUGAGUUUGGUGUUCAGGGAAGUGGACUGGUAACUAGCCCACAACUGGUCGAAUCUUUGAAAAACAUAUUUGUGGUGCAAGCUGCAAUUGGAAAUUUCUUUACAGCCAUAUUAUCAAGGGAAGGUAGGGUUUACACAUUUUCUUGGGGGAAUGAAAGCAAACUUGGUCACCAAACAGAUCCAAAUGAUUUGGAGCCGCAUCCUUUGUUGGGAGCGCUAGAGAAUACUCACGUGGUACAAAUUGCAGCUGGAUACUGCUACCUUCUUGCUUUGGCUAGUCGACCUAGUGGCAUGUCAGUAUACUCUGUUGGGUGUGGCUUGGGUGGGAAGCUUGGACACGGUGCAAGAACUGAUGAGAAGUACCCAAGGUUAAUUGAACAGUUUCAGACUUUAAAUCUUCAGCCUGUUGUGGUUGCAGCUGGUGCUUGGCAUGCUGCCGUGGUUGGGCAGGAUGGAAGGGUUUGCACUUGGGGUUGGGGCCGUUAUGGGUGCUUGGGCCAUGGUAAUGAAGAUUGUGAAUCAGUUCCUAAGGUAGUUGAAGCGUUGGGCACAGUAAAAGCUGUCCAUGUCUCUACUGGGGAUUAUACGACCUUUGUAGUUUCUGAUGAUGGUGACGUAUACUCGUUUGGGUGUGGUGAAUCAUCUAGUCUUGGACAUAAUACUGCAGCUGCUGAUGCACAGGGGAAUCAGAAUGUUUUAAGCCCAGAGAUAGUAGCAUCACUGAAACAGGUGAAUGAGAGGGUGGUACAAAUAAGCCUCACCAAUUCCCUAUACUGGAAUGCCCACACCUUCGCGCUCACAGAAUCUGGUAAGCUAUAUGCAUUUGGAGCGGGUGAUAAAGGACAGCUGGGCGUUCAGCUUGAUGCCAACCGGACAGAAAGGGGGAACCCGGAGCGUGUGGACAUUGAUCUCAGUUAGGCUUUUGAAGACUUUCCCCCUGCUUUCUAAUUUGUCAUCAUCCUAACCAUACUGCUCUGCAUUUGGUGUUUAUAUUUCCAUGUUUAUUCUGUACAUAGAAUGAAGAUUGUUAAUAAUCAAGCUAGGUAGUAAGGGUCUAAGCAAGUUAGAAAGAGAAAAAGAAGUUGCUGGUUUUUGCUUAGCCUCAAGCAGUAAAUAGUUGGUACAUUUUUUAAGAUUCAUAUUAAUAUAUCUAUAUAUGUGUUCAAUGGC